AUGGCUUCCUCACCACGUCGACCCUCCGCUUCCGGCAGCGGCGAUGGCAGCGAGUCCGCCACCAUUGUCGGUCGCGCCCGCCGCGCCUCCCUCUCCGUCCUCAACGCCAACCCCCAGCUGGGCAUCUGGCAGGCCGCCGGCACCGCCAUCGCCCAGGCCCCGAACCUGACGGAGCUGCGCGACAUGGACAUGGGCGCCGGCCACAUCACCUUCAACUCCCAGGGCCACUCGGCCCGUCUGGCCGCCGUCUACGAGGACACGGGGCGCCUCGCGCUGGUCCGCAGCAACACGCGGGCCAGCACGGGGCUGGAGCAGCAGCAGCGCGCGGAAAAGGCGGCGGCGCCCGUAUUGGUCGCCGAGGCGCCGACUGUGGCAGACGCUGCUUCUGCUGCGCAAGGCGAGGCGGCGGACAAGGACAAGAAGCACCACCACAAACAUCAUCUGUGGCAUCACAGCCAUGGCGAAAGCCACGGUAAGAAAGCAGACAUUGGCCCGACAGUGGUCAACGGCCUGGCCGCGUUUUGGAGAUUCUUCAUCACGCCUGCAGGGUUCCUCAUCACCAUCUACUGUCUAAAUGUCGUCGCAUGGGGUGCUAUGCUCUUCUUCCUGCUCCUCAAGGCCGCCCCUGCCAUGAACCACCCGUCCGCCGACGACAACUCCUCGCCGCGCAAGAGCUGGCUCGAGAUUGACUCGCAGAUCCUCAACGCCCUCUUCUGCGUCACCGGCUUCGGCCUCGCGCCCUGGCGCUUCCGCGACCUGCACUACUUUGUCCGCGGCGUGCACAUGCGCGAAAGGCCCGCCAUGGCGAAGCUCGCCCAGCAGAACCGCGGCUGGUUCCGCCCGCCGACCUGGUACACCGAGGUCGAGGAGGCCGCCGCCGCCGACGCAUCCUCGGACCAGGCCAAGCCGCCCACGUUUACCGGUCGGGUCGCGCCCCCGACACCCGUCUGGAAACUGGGCUUCACCAUCUGGAUGAUGGUGCUCAACACCAUACUCCAGGCCGUUCUCUGCUUCUUCAUGUGGCACUACAACCGCAUAGAUCGCCCGAGUUGGGCGACUGGUGCCUUCAUCGGCCUCGGAUGCGGCGUGGCGAUGCUCGCCGGCCUCAUGUCGUAUUGGGAGGGCCGCAAAGUGAAGAAGAUUGAAGGGCCCGCCGUCGAGGUUGUUGAUGGCAAAGAGGCGGUAUAA